UCGCCAGCUCAGGUGCCGGGCGCGCGGGCGCCUCCUCGGGGGCGCGCGGCCGGGCUGCUGUCCUCCGCCCGCACCCGCCGGCUCGCCCGCCGGAGCCGGGGAGGGAGAGCGCGGGCGGGGGGGCGGGAGCCGGGCGCCGCCGCCGCCGCCGCCGCCGCCGCCGCCGCCGCCGCCGAGGCUUCCGUCUCGCUGGCUGGCUCGCGCCGCGGCGGCAGCAGAGGUCGCGCACAGAUGCGGGUGAGACUGGCGGGGGGAGGAGGCGGAGGAGGACAGGAAGCUGCCUGCAUGAGACCCACAGACUCUUGCAAGCCGGAUGCCCUCUGUGGAUGAAAGAUGUAUCAUGGAAUGAACCCGAGCCAUGGAGAUGGAUUUCUAGAGCAGCAGCAGCAACAGCCUCAGUCCCCCCAGAGACUCUUGGCCGUGAUCCUGUGGUUUCAGCUGGCGCUGUGCUUCGGCCCUGCACAGCUCACGGGCGGGCUCGAUGACCUUAACGUGUGUGCUGACCCAGGCAUCCCCGAGAAUGGCUUCAGGAUCCCCAGCGAAGGGGUUUUCUUUGAAAGCUCUGUGACCCGGUUUCACUGCCAAGAUGGAUUCAAGCUGAAGGGCUCCACAAAAAGACUGUGCGUGAAGCAUCUUAACGGGACCCUAGGCUGGAUCCCAAGUGAUAAGACCAUCUGUGUGCAAGAAGAUUGCCGUAUCCCUCAAAUUGAGGAUGCUGAGAUUCACAACAAGACAUACAGACACAGAGAUAAGUUAAUUGUCACCUGUCAUGAAGGAUUCAAGAUCCGUUACCCUGACCUCUACAACAUGGUCUCAUUGUGUCGAGAUGAUGGAACAUGGGAUAAUCUCCCCAUCUGUCAAGGCUGCCUGAGACCAUUAGCCUCUUCUAACGGCUACGUGAACAUCUCCGAGUUCCAGACCUCCUUCCCAGUAGGAGCGGUGAUCGCCUACCACUGCUUCCCUGGAUUUAAGCUAGAUGGGUCCCAGUACCUGGAGUGCUUACACAACCUUAUCUGGUCGUCCAGCCCACCCCGGUGCCUUGCUCUAGAAGUUUGUCCGCUCCCUCCUAUGGUGAGUCACGGAGAUUUCGUCUGCCAUCCUCGGCCUUGUGAGCGGUACAACCACGGCACGGUGGUGGAGUUCUACUGUGACCCUGGUUACAGCCUCACCAGUGACUACAAGUACAUCACCUGCCAGUAUGGAGAGUGGUUCCCUUCCUACCAAGUCUACUGCAUCAAGACAGAGCAAACAUGGCCCAGCACCCACGAGACCCUCCUGACCACGUGGAAGAUCGUGGCAUUCACAGCGACCAGUGUGCUGCUGGUGCUGCUGCUUGUCAUCCUGGCCAGGAUGUUCCAGACCAAGUUCAAGGCCCACUUUCCCCCCAGGGGACCUCCCAGGAGCUCCAGCAGCGACCCCGACUUCGUGGUGGUGGAUGGCGUGCCUGUCAUGCUCCCGACCUACGACGAGGCUGUGAGCGGCGGGCUGAGUGCCUUAGGCCCCGGGUACCUGGCCUCUAUGGGCCAGGGCUGCCCCUUACCCGUGGACGACCAGAGCCCUCCAGCAUACCCUGGCUCAGCAGACAUGGACACGGCCCCAGGGGAGUCAGAAACCUGUGACAGCGCCUCGGGCUCCUCUGAGUUGCUGCAGAGUCUAUAUUCACCUCCUUUGGGCCAGGGUGGGGCCCAGCCCACUUCGGGCAACCCCGAUAUGAUGGCAGGCACGGCGGGGGAGGUGGCAUCCACCAGCCCAGGCAUCGACAUCGCAGAUGAGAUCCCUCUGAUGGAAGAAGACCCUUGACCAGGCAAAAUGCUGAUGAUUCUCCUGCCCACCCCACCCCCGGAGACGGGAACCUUGUACUGUGGAGUGAGGUGACAGGACAGAGCUGGGGGGCGGGGGACGUUCUCUAACUUAUCUCCAUGGUGACAGUGAUCCACACGUACAUCUCGGACUCAGCCGUGAGGCUGACAGACGGCAGCGGCAGCGCUUUCAAAGAGACUCGAGGACUUGCGAGAAGGAUGGGGAAGAAAGGGCAGAGGGGAAACCCCCAGCCCGGCCCUGGAUGAAGGCGUUAGCGUGUCUCCGUGCUGCGGGACAUGGGACCAUUCCAUCCACAUCCCACUGAAUUCCACAUCCCACUGAUUAUGUUAUGAGUACUACCUGCCUCCUUGAAAGCAUGUCACAUUGUGUAAAUUUGCUUCUAAAAUCUGCUUAAAGCUGUCUCUGGGCUACAAGUUAGGAUGGCUCCACCUCUGCAGAGGCUUUGUGUUGAGCUGCCGAAAGGGCAGUCGGGCCCCCUUGCCCUCGCAGGAAGGGGCAGGUUCCCCACGGGGAAGGUUCUUGUGUAACUUUGUGGACAAUCUUCCCAGGUCUGAACAACUCCACUCAAGACUAGAGCAGGAUGUGGCAGUUCCAGUGGAAAUGGAAGGACUCAGGCUGACUCUGCUUUCUGGAACUUUCUUCAAAAAGUAGAGUCGAUGUACUCUGUUCUGUCCUCGGUGACAUGUCAUCAGUAUUUGUAUUCAUGGUCUGUUACCUGGGUCCAUGGCAUUGGAUAAACCCUGUUACUUUUCAAACGGUCAGAACGUGUGCAAAUACAUUAUCUUACGGUGGAGAAAGUUACCAAGGCGAUGUUUUGUUUCAGCAUCUCACAAAGAUUCACUUAGCAGUUUAUCUCAGUCGUGAGUCCCUCUCCAGGUAACUGUUAAUAUUGGUACCCCUCCCCAAACUUAGCCACACUUUUAUUUUCCAAAACAGAAAUAAUUUCUGCAAAUAUCCUCUGCUUCCGGGUAAAGCAGGAGGUUGGGUUUUUUGUUUUCCCUCCUUUCAUUUUGUCCGGCAAAGUCAGGAAGCUGGCCUCCCAGCCCGCAGGCAGCGCUCCCCUCCUGCUUCAGGGGCCUUUGGCCGUCUUACCCACCUGCCAAUCCUACUAUCCUCUUGGGCUGGUCUCAUGGUGUCCAGUGGAAUCCCUGGGUGGUACACAGUUAAGCACUUGACUACUAAUGGAAAGGUUGGAGGUUUGAAUCCACCUAAAGGUGCGCUGGAAGAAAGACCUGGCAAUCUACUUGUGAAAAAUCAGCCAUUGAAAACCCUGUAGAGCACAGCUCUACUCUGACACACAUGGGGUCACCAUGAGUUGGAGUUAAUUCUGUGGCAACUGGUCUUUUUUUUGGCUUGUGGUGCCCAGUGGAGGUUAUUUCUAAGAAAACGAUUGAUAAAAAAACACAGUAAAUCCCGGGUUAUGAGCAUCCGGCUUAUAAACAACUUGCCCUUUAAUGUUAUAUAAAUUUGCCCUCACUUGGAAACGAUGGAACCAACCCCUACUGGAAACAAAGUCUUCAUCACAGUUAACUUCCACUUGCUGCCCUGCAGUUUUUAAAUCAUUGAAAAGCCUUCGAGCCUUUUCUUACACUAGACCAAACCAAACUUACUGCUGUCCUGCCGAUUCCAACUCAUAGUGACCCUAUAGGACAGAGUAGAAUUGCCCCAUAGGGCUUCCAAGGCUAUAAAUCUUUACAGAAGGAGACUGCCACCUCUUUCUCCCACGGAGCAGCUGGUGGGUUCAAACCGCCGACCUUUUGGUUGGCAACUGAGCUCUUUAACCACUGUGCCACCAGCGACCCUAUAGGACAGAGUAGAACUGCUCCAUAGGGUUUCCAAGGAGUAGCUGGUGGAUUCGAACUGCCGACAUUUUGAUUUAGCAGCCAGCUCUUAACCAUUGUGCCCCCGGGGCUCCUUUGCGCUAAAGGAAGGCUGAAUAAGAACCGUAUGCAUGUGCUUCAACUUACCUAUAAAUUGGACUUAAACAUACUGUUAGGGGCGAAUCUGGUUCGUAAUCCGGAGACUGCCUGUAUCCACAGUCCUGAAGUGUCUCUUCAAAUACGUGUUGAUCUGUGGAGUUGCUUCCUUUCGUCCUCUGGGUUUUAGACAAGUGUAAACAAAGCUCCAAUCCAUAAAAUUGCUAUGCUGAUAGAGCCAUGAGAGCUGGAAGCUUGAUCAAGUCCUGCUUUAUUUCUUGACACAGACUGAUUAAAAAUUGAAAAGAAAAUGACAGCCGAGAGAGCGUGGCUUUGCUGGCGGAGUGGAGCUAGCUGAGCAGGGAGGGGGAGGUGGUGACAGCAAGCCUGGGAGGUGGAAAUAAAGUGUAGGAUUAAGAACCUGAGGCCCAGCAAGCUGUUGUGUGGGACGUGCUAAGCACAGUGCCUGGCACGGCUGCCCUUGGGCAGUGAUACUGGGCACGUGGGUAAUGGGGUUUAGUGAUUCUAAGUCGUUUAUUGAGAGCCUCACCCCGCCACCACACACCUUCGUAACACAAGCCUGUUAGAAGGGCUUGGUUUUCACAAGUGUUUGUGGUUAACCAUCAUGUGGUACGAUCAGAAAGACGGCGUGGGCGGGUGGAAGUAAUGGGAAACCGAGGUCCACAGUGGGCCAGCCUCCACCAGCCAGCCUUCCCAGGCCCCUAUCCUGCCAGGUCUCUGCGUCCCUCCACUCCACGCCUGUUCUGCCUCACAUGCACCCUAAAUGUAGGCUGUGUCUCAGAUACUCUUGUUGGUUGCCGUCAAGUCCACUCCAACCCAUGGCGACCUUACGGACAACAAAACGAACCGUUGUCUGAUCCUGCAUCAUCCUUACCACCGAAGGCGUGUUUGAGUCCCUCAUUGCAGCCACUGUGUCAGUCCAUCUCACUGGGGGUCUCCCUCCCCAUCACUGGCCCUCGGCUUCACCAAACAGUAUGUCCAUUCCCAGCGACUGAUUCCUCCUGAUGACGAGAACCCAAAGCAAGCCUUUUAGGCAGCAUUUUGUUGUGAUCCAUAAGGUUUUCAUCGGCUGAUUUUUGGCAGUAGACCGCCAGGCCUUUCUUCCUGGUCUGCCUAAUCUAGAAACUGCGGAAACCUGAACACCAUGGGUGACCCUGGUGGCAUUUGAAAUAGUGGUGGCAUAGCUCCCAGCAUCACAGCAACACUCAGAGCACCACGGUAGGACGAACUGACAGCCGAGGUAUCUGGGUGUCUCAGAUACCACCAGGUAAGUACUUUAUUUCCCCCUAGGCUGGUCCACGGAGGCUUGUGGGCUGUCUCUGGGGCCAAGCCUCUCCUUCUAGGAAAGGUUCUCUCUUCCAAAGUAGACAGCAGGCAGGGGGCAGCCCCUU